AUGCUUUGGAAGACUCUGGUGCUGCUGCUGUUCUAUUGCAGUGCUUAUGCCACUGUGACCCACAGAUGGAGCAGAGCUGUGCUUUUCCCAGCUUCUCAGAGAUUCAAGAGAUCCUCAGCUGCCUUCCUGAACCCAGUGUUACAGAACUCGCUGGAAGAUGUGGUCCUGCUUUAUGAGUUUCUUUUAGCUGAGCUUGACAUUGACAAAGGUCAGAGGAUCUCCAUCAAGGAUGAGGAGCUGGCUUCCCUGAGGAAGGCUGCUGAGUUUGACACCAUCUGCAACGAGAUUAUCCCCAAGAGCAUCCCAGAGAUCCGCAGGCUGAGCAGCAGGCUGUCUUCCUACCCGAGGGUCCUCAAGAAGGAGGACUUUGAGAGGACAGUGCUGACCAUGGUCUACACGGCCUACAGAGCUGCCCAGUCCCAGGGGCACCAGAAGGACACUUGGGCUGAAUCCUUUGUCAACCUCUACAAAGCCCUGAAGAACGACUUGAUGCUGCCAUACAACAAACGGCCCUCGUAGUGGAAGGGGAGCAGCAGCUCAGCCACCUGCCCUGGCUGGUGAAGGACACCUUGUAGCACCCCAUCACUUUAUUCUGUUAAGAGUUUCAUAGCCUGCUUCGUGAAAGAUUGUUCGUUUUCUGGCUCCCUCUUGUGGAGUCCGCUUUCUAGUUCCGUGCUAAAUGGUGAAAAACGUCUUCAGUCCUGAGAAUUCGAUUUUUGUGCUGGC